CCCCGAGCGGUCCUGAUAUAAGAAGAAGACCUUCUCCGACCAUCUUCCUGCUUGCUUCUAUUUUACUUAAAAGAUCUAGAAAAGCACUCGCAAUGAAGAAGUUCCUUGGCCGCUCGAAGCGCAGCUCGUCCCCGACGCCGUCAGAGAUGUCGGUCUCGGCAAACGACUACGGCAACCCCUACACCUCCUCGCCGGACUACACCCAGCGCUCCGAAGGGCGUAAGAACCCAUACGCCAUCAACGACGGGAAAUACAACACCGCGCCCAGGGCACCAGCGUCCUCGUCUGGAGAAGGCGAUUACAAUCCUUACGCCUCUGGCCCUGGCAGCAACAGCUCCAGCUUCAGCUCCAGCUCCAGCAGCAGCAGCGGUGGCGAUGCGAACCCAUAUCAGUCUUCAGAAGCGCCACACAAUCCAUACGAAGUCUCGUCUCGCCCGUCAAACUCGUACGCGCCAGCUCGUGGCCGACCGCAGGCGCAGCACUCGCUCUCGGCAUCGUCAGCUGCUCCCGCCCCUGCCCCUGCCGCGAGCCGCGAUCAUAACCCGUACGGCUCCUACCAACCCGUGUCCACCACCGCGCUUCCAGACUACGCCUCCUACGACGGCGAUGCCGCGCCGAGCUAUCACAGUGCGCCGGGGUCCCACUACGGCAGCACGACGAGUGUGAACACUCUCCCGGCCAGACAAGAAGACGACGCGGUCUCGAUCGCAGACUCGACCAGACAGGAGCUCUUCAAGGGGGCUCGGAAUCGGUUCAAGCUCAAGACGCCGUCGAUACGGAGCGGCAAGGACGAGCAGAGUCAGAUGCAGGCGCAGACGUUCAUGCCGGAGCAGUCGAGCGACUAUGACCCCUCGAUCAUGGAGACCGAGGCCGAGCGCGCGGCACGCUACGGCGAGCAGCCCGGUAGUAGCAGCGGGAAUGUCUACGCGGAAACGGCGUACGGAUCUUCUGUCAAUUUCGACGAGCUGAGAGAACAGCAGGAACAAGAAGAGGAAGCGCAGGUGCAGGAGAUGAAACAGCAGAUGAAGUACAUCAAGGGCCAGUCACUAGGCUCUGCCCAGAACGCGCGUCGCUACGCCGAAGAAGCAGAGGCCUCUGGUCUUCGAACGCUAGCCAUGCUCGGCGAACAAAGCGACCGGCUGGCAAACUCCGAGGCGUCGCUCGCCGUCACCGAGAACCAGACGAAGCUCGCGGAGGACUACGCGAAAGAGCUCAAGAGUCUGAACCGCUCGAUGUUCGCCGUCCACGUGUCGAACCCGUUCAACUCCCGCCGCCGGCUACAGGAGCAGGAGAAAAGAAUCCGCGAUACGUUCAGUAGUCAGCAAGAUGCUCGCGAAGACAACCGACGCGUGCAGUACCAAGCGCAGAUGCGCAUCGGCGAGGCGAUGGGUAACCUUCCCGGCCAACGACGACGGCAGUUAACCGACACCGAGCUGCGGUACCGUGAGCAAAUGCAGAAACAGAAAGCGGGACUUGCGCAGGCGUCGCGGUUCCAGUUCGAGCCUGACGACGAGGACUUUGAGCUCGAGCGCGACAUCGACGCGACGUUGGACGACGUCGGAGCCGCGAGUCAAAGAUUGCACUCGAUGGCGCAGUCGUUGAAUUCCGAGCUUGAGUCUCAGAACAAGCGGGUGAACAAGCUCAAUGAGAAGACGCAGGAGGUCGAGAUUAACGUUCAUCUGAAUACUUCCAGACUCGCAAAGAUCAAAUAAGCUCGGGGUCUUUUCUAUUGUGUGCAUGGCGUUUUUUCCAACUUUAUCUUGACGAAUGGAUUUAUCGAUGUAUUUCUGUUUUUCAUUUUUAGGCAUCAUUUGUGUGGUUUCUUGUACUGUACUUAGACCUGGUCGUGUUAUGAAUAUAUACAUAUACUAUGAUUUACAAAAACUAUGAGCAAUUGCUUGUUUUCCUAGACACCUGAAUAUAACAAGACGGCCUUUAUAUUCGAUGAAAACAGAUCGCCAACCGUUUGACUAGACAAAGAAGCAUUCCUU